AGGGGGGCGCGGUGCCGCCCCGCGCCUCGCGGCGGCAAGAUGGCGGCCUGAGGGGAGGACUACAGUUCCCGAGAGACCCCGCGCGCCGCGGCGGCGGGAGGGGCGGGGCGCGGCCGCGCGCGGCCGCCCCGCGCGUUCCCGCGCGUGCGCGCGCGCCCCCCACAGAGGGCGCGCGGGGAGCCCGCGUCACGUGACCCCGUCUCCGCCACCGCGGACGGACCGACGGACCGACGGGCGCCGGCCGAGCAGGCGGCGAUGGCAGCGCCCCGUUAGGGGCCGCGGGGACCAUGGCCACUGACUCCGGGGAGCCUGGUGGUGGCGGCGGCACGGAGCAGCCCCGAGCAGCCUCCCCGGAGGCUCCUGCCGCCGCCGCUCCAGAGAGGAAGCGUUUCUUCCGCAAGAGCGUGGAACUGGUGGAGGAGGAGCAGCAGCGCGCGGCGGUGGUGGAGCGGGGCCCAGAGGCGCGGGGCGACGGCGGCGGCGGCCGGGAGAAGGCCAAGCAGGACAUCGAGGAGGAGGCGGAGAUGAAGGCAGUAGCCACCUCGCCAGGCGGCCGCUUCCUCAAGUUCGACAUCGAGCUGGGCCGUGGCGCUUUCAAGACCGUCUUCAAGGGCUUCGACACCGACACCUGGGUGGAGGUGGCCUGGUGUGAGCUCCAGGACCGGAAACUGACCAAGGCUGAGCAGCAGCGCUUCAAGGAGGAGGCCGAGAUGCUCAAGGGGCUGCAGCACCCCAACAUCGUCCGCUUCUACGACUCCUGGGAGUCCACGCUCAAGGGCAAAAAGUGCAUCGUCCUUGUCACCGAGCUCAUGACGUCCGGCACCCUCAAGACGUACCUGAAGCGCUUCAAGGUGAUGAAGCCCAAGGUGCUGCGGAGCUGGUGCCGGCAGAUCCUCAAGGGACUGCACUUCCUGCACACCCGCACGCCACCCAUCAUCCACCGCGACCUCAAGUGCGACAACAUUUUCAUCACCGGCCCCACCGGCUCCGUCAAGAUCGGCGACCUGGGCCUGGCCACCCUUAUGCGCACCUCCUUUGCCAAGAGCGUCAUCGGUACCCCCGAGUUCAUGGCGCCAGAGAUGUACGAGGAGCGCUACGAUGAGUCGGUGGACGUCUACGCCUUCGGCAUGUGCAUGCUGGAGAUGGGCACCUCCGAGUACCCAUACUCCGAGUGCCAGAACGCUGCCCAGAUCUACCGCAAAGUGACCAGUGGCAUCAAGCCAGCCAGCUUCAACAAGGUGACGGACCCAGAGGUGAAGGAGAUCAUCGAGGGCUGCAUCCGGCAGAACAAGGCAGAGAGGCUCUCCAUCCGCGACCUGCUGAACCACGCGUUCUUCGCCGAGGACACGGGCCUGCGCGUGGAGCUGGCGGAGGACGACGGGGGCCGUGACUCCUCGCUGGCGUUGCGCCUGUGGGUGGAGGACCCCAAGAAGCUGAAGGGGAAGCACAAGGACAAUGAGGCCAUUGAGUUCAGCUUCAACCUGGACGCCGACGUCCCCGAGGAGGUGGCCUAUGAGAUGGUGAAAUCCGGCUUCUUCCACGAGAGCGACUCGAAGGCGGUGGCCAAAUCCAUCCGAGACCGGCUGGCGCUGGUGAGGAAGACGCGGGAGCGGAGGCAGGCCGACGAGCGGCGGGACCCGCCGGGCCGGGGGGUGCCCGGCGGCCCUGAGAGCGAGGACACUGAGGUGGACCAGCACGUGCGGCAGCAGCUGCUGCAGCAGGGCCUAGGCCACGCCGCCGCCGACGGCCUCUCCGAGAACAGCACCGUCCCCGACACCUCUGCUCUCGCCACUGCGGAGCCACCGGGUCCAGCUGAGUGCCUCUACCUGCCACCGCUUGCCGGGUGCUACCAGGGGCUGCCGAACCUGGGCUGCCCCCCGCCAGUGGCUCUGCCGCCCACCUGCGUCUCGCCCCGGCAGCACCCGCCGCUGGGGCACCUCGAGCCCCAGGCUGCCUUUGGGGCAGAGGGGCCGGCGCCGGAGCCCGCGCCAGCGCCGCAGCCCGCGCCAGCAGCUGCCGCUGCGUCCCCUCCACGCGGCCCACCGGAGCCCUCGGCCACCGACGAGCCGGGGCCCAACGCCGCCCUGCCGCGGCAGAGCUCCCGGUCGGGGCCGCCGAUGGCCGUGGCACAGCUGCCGCCAGCUGCGAGCGGGCCGGGCCCUGCAGUGCAGCCUCAGGCGGCCGCCACGAUGCAGCCAAGCGCCGUGGUGCAGCCCAUGGACUCAGCGCAGCCGCAGGCGGUGCCCGCGAUGCAGCCGAUCGCUGCGAUGCAGCCAGCGGCCGCAAUGCAGCCCCAGACGGUUCCUGGGAUGCAGCAAGUCGCAGCAAUGCAGCCACAGACAGUUGCUGCAAUGCAGCCACCUCCCCCAGCACAGCCAGCGGUUCCGAUGCAGCCACAGACUAUCCCCACGAUGCAGCAAGUCACCGCGAUGCAGCCGCAGCCACUGCCUGUGAUGACACAGGUAGCCGUGAUGCAGCCGCAGCCACUCCCUGUGAUGCAGCCGUCAGCCGUGAUGCAGCCACAGGCAUUUUCUGGGAUGCAGCAAGUCACUGCGAUGCAGCCGCAGACACUCCCUGGGAUGCAGCCGGUUCCCCCAAUGCAGCCGCAGACGGUCGCUGGGAUGCAGCCGUCAGCUGUGAUGCAGCCGCAGACAAUCCCUGAGAUGCAACAAGUUGCUGCAAUGCAGCCGGCGGCCACACUGCAGCCCCAGACAGUUCCUGUGAUGCAGCCGGUUCCCCCAAUGCAGCCAAUCCCCACGAUGCAGACGGUUCCCGCGAUGCAGCCCCAGACGGUUCCCGCGAUGCAGCCGAUUCCCGCGAUGCAGCCGCAAACGCUCCCUGCGAUGCAGCCCGCUCCUCCAGUGCAGCCGAUCCCCACCAUGCAGCCGCAGGCGGUUCCUGGGCUGCAGCAAGUCACCGCGAUGCAGCCGCAGACGCUCCCUGAGCUGCAGCUAGUUGCAGCGAUGCAGCCGGCAGCCGCGAUGCCGCCGGCCUCAGGGAUGCAGCCGGUUCCCACCGUGUGCCCACCACCAGCCCUGCCCUUCGCUGCCCUGUCUGAGGGGGCCCUGCCGGAGCAGGAGCCGCCAGGCGACUGCGUCGGCCCUACGCCAGAGCCGCCGGGCUUUGCUGCCUUCCCGGGAUACCCGCCGGAGCCGGUGGCCUUCCUGCAGCCCGGCUACGUGCCCUGGAGCCUCGCCAGCGCCAUGGCCGCCCCGCACCCGGGGCAGGAGGCUGCGCAGGCCUCGCAGCCGGAGCAGCCGGCGGCAGCUGCGGCAAAGCCAGAGGCGGCCUCAGGCCCUGACGGUGCUGCCGCCCCAGGCGGCCACGAGCCUGCCGGCAGCAAGGCCGAGCGCGGCAGGCAGCGCCGGGCCUCCUGCCCCCGGCCGGAUAAAGGCGCCCGCUUCCAGCUGACGGUGCUGCAGGUCUCGGCGCCAGGGGACAACACGGUGGAGUGCCAGCUGGAGACCCACGACAGCAAGAUGGUGACGUUCAAGUUCGAUGCCGAUGGGGACGCCCCUGAGGACAUCGCUGACUACAUGGUCGAAGACAACUUUGUGCUGGAGGGCGAGAGGGAGAAGUUUGUGGAGGAGCUGCAGGCUAUUGUGGCGCAGGCACGGGAGAUCCUCCGUGGUCCCCCCUCCGCAGCCCCCCAGGCAGGGCUGCCUGAGCCGGCACAGAGCGCCCCGGCCAGCGGCGAAGGCGCCCCCCAGUCGUCCCCCGUUGGCCGCUGGCGCUUCUGCAUCAACCAGACCAUCCGGAACCGUGAGGCUGCGGGUCCCCCAGCGCCCAGCCGCGGUCCGGAGGAGCCUGCGCUGAGCCGGCCAUCCCCGGAGCCGCUCAGUGCUAGGGCUGCGGAGACGGAGGCACCCGGGGGGCCGGAGCCAUCUGUGCCCCGAGGCUCACAGCCAGAUGUCCUCCGAGGUCCGGAGACGUUCCUCCCCCGCAGCUUGGAGACGUCUGUGCCCCGAAGCUUGGAGCCAGAUGUCCCCCAAGCCCUGGAGACAUCCAUCCCUCAAGGUCUGGAGAUGUUCAUGCCUCGAGGCUCAGAACCAGACAUUCCCCAAGGUCCAGAGACGUCUGUUCUCCGAGGUCCAGAGACGUCCAUGCCCCAAGGUCUGGAGCCAGAUGUCCCCCAAAGUCUGGAGACGUUCGUGCCCCCAGGCUCGGAGAUGUUCAUCCUCCACAGUCUGGAGACAUCCAUCCCUCACGGUCUGGAAAUGUUCAUCCCCCAAGUUCCGGAGAUGUCCGUACCCCAAGUCCCAGAGCCAUCUGUGCCCCAAGAUCCAGAGCCGGAUGUCCCACAAGCCCCAGAGACGUCCGUGCUGCGAGCGGUGGAGCCAGAGGCCGCCGCAGCCCGGGAGCCGGAGGAGGUGCCGGGGCAGGAGCUGGAGGCGUCAGACAGCGAGGGCCCGCCAAAGCGGGGCUUCGCCGACACCGGCAUCCGGACGUUGGACGAGAAGCUGCGGACGCUGCUGUACCCAGAGCACGGCUGUGGCGAGAGCCAGCGGGACGGCCCCGGCCUCGAGUCGCCUUCCUCCUCCUCCUCCUCAGAGAGCCUCGGCAGCCCCCCUGGGCGCCACGUGAGUCAUGGGAGCUCGGCAGGGCCGGGCCGGGGGACGGCGGGGGGCGGUGGCGGCGGGGCUGGCUUGGGACCCCGCUCUCUGCAGGAGCCGCUGCCACCAGAGAGAGCCGAGGGCUGCGCCGCCGCCGCCGCUGCACCGCCACCGCCGCCACGCCCCGGAGCCGCGUGCCCACAGGCAGCAGGAGGCGAGGCGGAGGAGCUGCGGCCAGGGGCGGCCGGGGGCCGGUUUGGGGAGCCCCCUGGUGCGGACGGGCCCCCCCCGCGGUGUGGCACGGCUGCGGGGUCCUUCCGGCGCGGGCGCUUCCAGGUGGUGGCAGUGCCCGCGCGAAGGGCGGAGGAGCCAGCAGGCACCCAGGCGGCGCUGGGCAGCCCCCCGGGGGGCUCGGGGUCGGACAGCGAGGCCUCGGCGGCCCCCCCGGGUGGGCCGUGGUGCCCUGGCUCUGGCGCCCACUCGCCCUCAUCGCCCAUGAGCAGCGACGGUGACUCCGAGCUUGAGGACGAGGACCUCCAGGCUGAGCUGCAGCAGCUGCGAGAGAAGCACAUCCAGGAGGUGGUGACACUGCGGGCACAGCAGGACCAGGAGCUGCAGGAGCUCUACACCCGCCUGCGGGCCCUGCGGGAUGCCCGGGGGGAGCCUGGUGAGGCUGGGCUGCCCCCCGCCUCCCCCCGCCGGCCCCGGGCCCUCAAGAGCAAGGCCCGGGGGCGCCUGCCGGCCCCGGGCCCCGACACCAGCUCUGCGUCCACAGAGCGCAGCGGUGGCAGCUUUGCGCCGGUUCCCCCCUCCUCCUGCACCAGCGACUCUCAGCGCCCAAGCAGCUCCCGGGACCCGGCCCCGCCAGAGCCCCGCCGGGCAGCACCAGCCACCAAGAAGGGCCUCUUCACAGAUGACUUCCAUCGGCUGGUGGACGAGUGGGCGCGGGAGACGGCAGGCACCCCUGGCCCCAAACCCAGCCUCAACCAGCUCCGGCAGAGCCGGGGCCGCCCGGAGCCCGAUACCAGGGCCAGGACCGCCGAGGGCGCGUCCUCGUGGGUGUCCACCCUGGCGCAGCUGCGCGGUGCCCUGCCACCCGCCCUGGCCUUCACCGGCACGCCGCCGCCGCCCCCUGGGCUGCCCCCCUGCGGCCCCUUCCCGCCCCGGUGGGCCCCGGCACCCCCACCCGGAUCCCUGGGCCCGGUCCUGCAUGGCGCCAGUUGCCCCGUCCCGCCGGGGCCUAAGUGAGUGCAGUGCCGGAUGGCUGCCACCGCCAAUUGCCCCGUGCCGUCGCCCGGCCGGAGCCUUCCCGGUUCAUCCCGGAGCCGCUUCAUUUCACCCCCAAACCUCCCUGGUUCAUGCUGGAACCACCUCAUUUCACCCAGAACCUUCCCAGUUUGUCCUAAACCUGUCUUGUUUCACCCCCAAACCUCCCUGGUUUGACCUAAACCCACUUUGUUUCACCCCAAAACCUGCCUGUUUUAUCGUAAACCCACCUCAUUUCACCCCCAAACUGCCUCGGUUGACCUCCGAGCUGCCUGAACUGAGCCAAAACCACCCCAUUUCACCCUAAAACCUCCCCGUUUCGUUCUAAAUUCACCUUGUUUCACCCCCAGCCCUCCCCGGUUCAUCUUAAAACCACCUCAUUUCACCCCCAAACUGACCCCUUUGCCCAAGCCCCCCUCGGGCCCGUGUUUCACCCCAAAUUGCCUCCUUCAACCCCCAGACCACCUGGUUUUCCCCAAAACUGCCUGUUUUUCCCCCCAACCUCCUCAUUGGGUCUCAGACCUGCCCCGGUCGAGCCUAAACCCCUCAGUUGCCUCAUGAAUGUUCUCAUUCGGCCCUGAAACCCAUUGUUCUACCGCAAAACGGCCCCAUUCUACCCCAAACCCGCCGCGGGCGUGCCAUUUGGGGUGUAAACAUGGGGUUUUCGUCCAUCUACCUCAUUUCAGCCCCCCUCCCCCCCCCCAAUCGUCUCCCCCCAGGCCAGUGAGGUUUUGGGUUUGCUCCGAGGCAUUUAGGCUCCGGGGGUGGCGGCUGGCAGGGGCCCCGCGUUUAUUUUUCUGGAUGGAUUGUUACAAAGGAGUAAAAACAACAAAAAAAGGAAAAAUAAUAAAAACCCACGUGGAGAA